AUGACUAAAAGUAGUGUUUGGCGAAGAUUGGUUACUUGCUUAUCCUCCCUAAAGUUCUACUUGAACAUCUUGUGCCUCGUUGCCACUCUUUUUGUUCUUCUCCAGAUCUCUUCAUUUCAAAUUACUCAACAUUCACUUUCACUCCCUCCUGCACUUUUGACAUAUCUUAAACACCAACAACAACCUGAACCAAUAUCUCAUAACGAGACGGCUUACUUGGUGGAGAAGCUACGUGAAUCGGUGACAUUCCUUCCUCUCAAGGACAACCGUUUUGCAAACAAACCACUCGAGGGACAUACUUGGUUCAUGAGCUCUCUCUACGACAACCAAACCAAAGGCGAGGCUCAGUAUCAAGAAUUUCCUUCGGAUUCAUCGAAAGGAAGACUUUUGUGCUUGAAAGGUGUUGAUGAGCAUGAUGGGUCAUGGAACUACUACGCCAUGGCUUGGCCUGAAGCUCUUCCGGUCAACGCCAUUCUCCAGGAAGGCUUGACGUUUGUUUCUUAUAACCAAUACGAUUACGGUAACUUGUGGCAUGGACUAACUGCAGUAGUCCCGUUUGUUGCGUGGAGCUUAAGAAACCAAUGCGAAAAGCCUCAAAGAUGGGUUUUAUACCACUGGGGAGAGCUAAGAUUUGGGAUGGGGAAUUGGUUGAGUGAGAUCAUCACAGCGACUUACGGUCGAGAACCAGAAUAUUUACGGUUUGUUGAUGAGAACAGGCCGGUUUGCUUCGAGAAGGCGGUUGUUAUGAGACACAAUGAAGGUGGAAUGUCAAAGGAGAGAAGAAUUGAAGUUUUUGAUCACAUUAGAUGCAAAGCGAGAAACUACUGUAACAUCAGCUCAUCGGAGACACCAAAACCGAGAAUCGGUAUGACUUUGUUAUUGAGAACCGGAGCCAGAUCUUUCAAAAACGAGUCAACGGUGAUCGAAGUGUUUAAGAGAGAGUGUGAGAGAGUAGAUGGGUGUGAGUUAAAUGUUUCCUAUUCGAAUAAUCUAACAUUUUGUGAACAAGUGGAGCUGAUGAAGAAGACAGAUGUGUUAGUAUCACCACACGGUGCACAGCUCACUAACUUGUUUCUAAUGGAUAAAAACAGUAGUGUGAUGGAGUUUUUCCCCAAAGGAUGGCUUAAGCUCGCUGGGGUUGGUCAGCUUGUGUUCCAAUGGGGAGCUAAUUGGUCAGGAAUGAGACACGAAGGCACGUGGCAUGAUCCUGUUGGGGAAAUAUGUCAGUUUGCUGAUACUGAUAGGCGAUGUAUGUCGGUCUAUAAGAAUGCUAUGAUAGGAUACAAUGAGACUUAUUUUGGCGAGUGGGCGAGAAGCGUUUUGGGUAAGUUUAGCAUAAGAAAUAUGGAAAAGAUAUCUGAACAGAACCACAGUUAUGAUGUAUGUCUUCGAUGUUGA